AUACAACACAUCCCACCUGCAGAGAGAAAGAGAGAGCUUCCACUGAGAGAACAAACAAACAAUGGCGGACUUCGCGCUUGGGCUGACCAAGACGGCGGUGGAGGGGACCUUGAGCAGGGUCAAGUCGGCGAUAGAGGAGGAGGCGAGGCUCAAGGAGAAGGUGCAUCACGACCUGGUGUUCAUCACCGCCGAGUUCCAGAUGAUGCAGUCCUUCCUCAACGUCGCCAACAAGGAGCGCGCCAAGAAUGAGGUGGUGCGUACUUGGGUGAGGCAGCUCCGUGACCUGGCCUUUGACGUGGAGGACUGCGUCGAGUUUGUUGUCCAUCUGGACAACAAGUCGACGUGGUGGUGGCGCAUGGUGCCGUCCUGCGUGGUACCGCAGCGGCACCGGCACCUCGACGAGGCAGCCGCCGAGAUAAAGCUGCUCAAGGCCAGGGUGGAGGAUGUUAGCCAGAGGAACACACGCUACAACCUCAUCAGCGACUCCGGCUCCCAUGCCAAGACCAUCACGGUGCAGGUGGAGCACUCGGCCCCGGCCAACCCAUCACCAUCAACAGCAUUCCCUCUCCUAUGGGAAGUGUGGGAGGCUGCUGGAAGGACACGCAACAUCCACAACCUCCAAGAUCUCAUCACUCGUGAAAGCAAUGACCUUGAGGUCAUCUCCGUAUGGGGAAGCACAGCAGGUGAUCUUGGAGCCACCUCCAUAUUCAGAAAGGCGUAUUGUGACAGAAAAAUCAUGGAAAAAUUCAAGAUCCGGGUCUGGAUAAAGCUGAUGCAUCCUUUUAACCGGGAGGAGUUCCUCAAGAGCCUGCUGAUUCAGUUAUGCACAAGCUCUCACCAAGCAACUGUGGGAAUGGAGGACUUCCGGACAAGGAUGAAAGCAGCAGCACCAGUUACUCAAGACGAUCUCAUCAAGGCUGAGCAAAUCAUGGAAGGGAAUAGGUAUCUCGUCGUCCUGGAAGAGGUAUCCACUCUGGUAGAGUGGGAUGCCAUCAAAAUGUACCUGCCUGACUCUAAGAAUGGCAGUCGGAUUGUCAUGUCUGCCCAUGACUUAGGGGUUGCACUUAUGUGCACUGGGGAGCCAUAUGAAGUGUCACAGCUCAGACACUUCUCUCACGGUCAAUCCAUUUGUGCAUUUUUCAAGACGGUCUCCUCAUGCCGUCGCCGUGAUAGGGAUGAACUUAAACGACUGAUAAGACAAGGCGGUGUGAUCUCCGUGCAUGGUCGCACUCAGAGAAAAUUAAAUAUUGUCAAAGAAUUGUACCGCUGCAUAAAACACAAUUAUCAGGAACAAUAUUUAGAUUUGAGCUUUGAAACGUACAGAUGGGUCAAUGUUUCCAAUCCGCUCAAUCGGAUGGACUUUCCUCGACGCUUACCUGUGGAUUCUGAUGAUACUGAUGAUGAUGAUGAUGAUUCAGAUGAUAAUGACUCAGAUGGUCUCCAAGCCAAGGAAGUCGUGUCAGCCAACCAGGAUGAUUCAGGGGGUCCUCAAGCCAACGAAGUUGCAGCUGCCGACUCGGACUUAAUUGAAGGUUGUUGUAAGACACUACAUGAAAAGGACUGCCUUGUUGUCAUCGAUGGUCUGCAGUCCACAGAAGAUUGGGACUGGAUCAAAGGUACCUUCUUAUCGCAGCCUAUUAAAGGUUGUAUUGUUGUCAUUACAAAUCAAGAACGGGUGGCCAAACAUUGUGUUGAUGAUGAAGAAGAUCGAGCCAUCAACUCUGAAUAUCUGGAGGACGAGGGUCGCAGAAAGAAAAAGGCACGUGUCUGGACUAAAAAAUUUGGGGUUGAUGAGGAACUUUCACUAGAAAGAAAUGGGCAUGUGGCUGCAGUGUGGGGGAUUGCUGGUAUUGGGAAAUCAGCUUUUGUCAGAAACACGUACUACAACCGCAUACUUGGUUACUUAGACUCACAAUACAUUGGAGAAAUGUUUAGCUAUUAUAGCUGGGUCGAUGUGCCCCAUCCCUUCAAUUUGACAGAAUUUUCUUGGCGCCUACUUCUAGAUUUCUAUUCUGACGAUCUUCAAGCCAAGGAAGCGGCAGCAAUUAGCAUCAUAGAAGGUCAGGACCCAAUUCAAAGGUGUCGUAAGAUAUUAACUGAAGAGGAGUGCCUCGUUGUCAUUGAUGGCCUGCAGUCAAAGGAUGAAUGGGACUUGAUAAAAGCCGCCUCCUUAUAUGGUGGUUCUAGAAGCACUACCGUUGUCAUUACAAAUGAAGUAGGUGUGGCAAGUUAUUGUGUACGUAAUAAUUUUGAAUCGGUGGUCAACAUCAAAGGGCUAGAACCUGAUGAGGCCCUUUGUCUCUUCAAAAAGAUACUUGGUCCCCACUGCAAUAUAUUGAAUCCGGAGGAGAUGGAACUUUCAAAACAUAUCUUGGCCAAGUGUGGUGGACUCCGCAAAGUAGUAGCUGCAAUAAGCGACUACUUGUAUCGUCGCAAUAAAUUUGGGAUGAAGAAUAUAAAUGAAAACUUUAUGGAAAUGUUGGAAACCAACGUCGAAUUUGACUGUUUAAGAGGUCUAUUUUCUUGGAUGCAGUCCUACUUUGAAGAUUGCAAAGAUUCACUCAAGCCAUGCAUCUUCUAUCUGCCAAUAUUCCAUACAAACCACAACAUUAGGCGGCGCCGUUUGCUGAGGCGGUGGAUUGCAGAGGGUUAUUCUAGAGAAACAUCUAGUGGUACCGCGGAAGAGAAUGGAGAAAGGUUGUUUUCUGAACUUGUUGACUUGAGCAUAAUCCAGCAGCCAUCAAGCAAGUCCAUGUGCCAAGUCAAUGGUUUCUUCCACGAAUACAUCAUGUCACGACCAAUGGAAGAUAAUCUUUUCUUUUCUCUGGAGGGGCAUUGCAGUCUGAAUUCGCAAGUUGUCGGACAACACCUCACCAUAAGGAAUAGCUGGGAUAGAGACAUUAAUGUGUUUGAGAGCAUUGAUUUCUCAUCACUAAGGUCUUUGACGGUGUUCGGGGAGUGGAGGCCAUUCUUCAUAUCUACCAAUAUUAAUAUGAGACUAGUCCGGGUGCUGGAUCUGGAGGACACGUCAAAUGUAACAGAUGAUGACCUUAAGGAUAUCGGGAAGCUACUGCCUCGUCUCAAGUUCCUCUCCCUGCGAGGACGCAGAGGGAUUACCCAUUUGCCAAAAUCAUUGUCUUGCCUGAGGCAGCUUCAAACUCUGGAUGUCCGACACACCUCCAUAACCGCACUCCCACAAGCCAUCAUCAAGUUGCAAAAGCUACAGUACAUCCGUGCCGGCACAAGUAAACAACCAUGGAAUGAAGGUGGUAGAGUCACCAGCCUACCAACACUAGAUGAUGACAGAACAUCGACACAAGCAGAAGAAGAUGGUGCUAGCACCCGCUCAAGCCAAGAACCAGCAGCAGCGGCAGCGCCAACACAAACAGAAGAAGGUGAUGGCACCAGCUCAAGCCAGCCAGCAGGACCAGCUGCGGUCUGCACAUCAACACCGUCAAGGAGAAGGCCACAUACUUUGGUAUCUAGCUGGUUUUCCAGGUUGUGUUGUACAACACGACAACUUAAUAGUCGCGGUGUCGAGGUUCCUGCAGGAAUCGGGAAAUUGAGGGCCUUACAUACUCUUGGCGUUGUCAACGUCAGUGGUGUAGGCGGGAAGGCCAUAGUGAUGGAGCUCAAGACUCUUUCUCAAUUACGCAGGCUCGGGUUGUGCGGCAUCAACCGGGAAAACUUGAAGGAGUUGUGUUCGGCCAUCUCAGGUCACAGCCAUCUUGAGUACUUGUCAGUAGAAGUCGACAAGGAUAAGGAACAGGGUUUAUUCUGUUGUUUCGAUGGCACGAUCUCCCCGCCGCCAAAGAAGUUAAAGAGUCUUAAGUUGUACGGGUAUGCACAUAUAUUGCCAGACAGCUGGAUGAAGCAGCUUGACAACCUCGAAAGGCUGGAUCUUGAGAUCACCAUAUUCAAGCAACAAGACAUAGACGUCCUUGAUGAGUUGCCAAGGGGUAAAGCCUUACGUCGUCUAUGUGUCAAGCCGAUUCAAGAAGGCGAGCUCCAGCUUGCAACCAAGGGAGAUGCCUACCACUUCCUCUUACGGGAACUCGAGAUAGAUUGUACCUCCAAGUUACAGGUAACCUUUUUGCCAGGUAAAUGGUUGACCCACUCUGUUAAGGUGCUUAAGGUGCACUGCUCUAGUGGGUGGUCUAUGCGGCUUUCUGGGCUAGAGCAUCUGCGGCAUCUAAAGGAAGUGUGGCUCAAGGGUUCCUUGGGCGACCAACUCAAGCAAGGCUUGCAGCAUCAGCUCUCCAAGCAUUUGAACAAACCUGCCUUGAAGCUGGUGAAGUCCUGACUCCUGAACCGAACAGUGAAGACUGCAAGUGUGCUCUGAAUUCAGUGCUGAGAUAUAUGUACAAGCUGUAUGCACUUGUGUUCAUUUCUAUGUUCGAAUUGUCAGCAGAAUUGGUAGCUAGGAUCUGUGUCACUCAGAUGAUUGAUGUAUAUAUGCGUGUUUAUGUACAGUAUAGUCACUGUUGCUGUAUUAAAACUUAU